AUGGCCUCCGAAGAAGACGAAUACUAUACCAGCGACGGUGAAGAAACGCUGCUCGAACACGACGACCCACACCAACUCCAAAACUACGCCUCCCCCGAUCGCCACAACCAGCGCUGCAAAAUCCUCUCCGAACAUCAAAUUCGUGAAAUCCAAGACGCGACCAUCUCCGACGUCUGCACCGUCCUCUCCGUCUCCCGGAGCGUCGCCUGCACUCUCCUGUACCAGAACAACUGGACGCCCAGCUCCCUCUACGACAAAUGGUUCGGCGACGGGCCCUCCCCAAAACCGGCCCGGCCCGAACAAUCCAGCGACGCGGCCGCCGGGUUGUGCAAGAUCUGCUUCGAAACCACCGACGCGCCGUCGAUGAUGUCGGCCGGGGACUGCGGCCACCGCUUCUGCACCGAGUGCUGGAGGGGUUACGUCAGCACAUCGAUCGAGACCGGGUCGGGCUGCCUGACCCUGCCCUGCCCCGAGCCCAGGUGCGAAACCAAGGUGGGCCCUGACCUGGUGGACGCCCUGGCCAGCCCGGACGAGAGGGCCAAGUACUACCGGUACCUAGCCCGGUCGUACGUGGAGUGCAGCCCGAAAAAGAGGAGGUGGUGCUCUGCCCCCGGGUGCGAGCUGGCUAUCGAGGUUGAGGGGGGCUGGGGUGCGUGCGAGGUGGGGUGUGGUUGUGGGCACAGGAUGUGCUUCGGGUGCGGGGAUGAGAUCCACAGCCCGGUGGAUUGCCGGACAGUGGGGAUGUGGGCGGAGAAGAACGGGUCAGAGGCAGAGAACGUGAAGUGGAUACAGGCUUACACAAAGCCGUGCCCAAAGUGCGGGCGGCCCAUAGAGAAGAACCAGGGCUGCAACAUGAUGACUUGCGGGCCGCCUUGCCGUUUCUUGUUCUGUUGGCUUUGCCUCCAGCCGCUUGCUAACCAUCAAGGCUGCAACGGGUACGAUCACAACGGCACGGCCGUCAAGGACAGUAGUAGCCUCGCCCAAACCAGGACUUACCUACAACGGUACAUGCAUUAUUACGAGAGGUGGGCUUCGAACAACAAGUCGAGGGGGAUUGCUCUGGCCGACCUGGAAACUGCAAAAACCAAGUACAUGAAGAGGCUUUUUGAAACUCAGGACGAGACUGAGGACGGGCUGAGGUUCGUGGUGGAGGCUUGGGAGCAGGUGGUCGAGUGCAGGCGCUUCUUGAAAUGGUCUUACACCUACGGCUACUACCUUGCAGAAAAUGGGCGGUCGGCUAAGUUGGAUUUUUUCGAGCACUUGCAAGGGGAGGCCGAACUGGCCCUCGAGAAGCUUCACUACUGCGUUGAGAAGGAGAUGAGAAAGUACCUUGUGAAGAGACAUCCUCGGGAGGAGUUUAGAGAGUUUCGUUCCAAGCUGACGGGUCUCACUGCGGUUACGAGGAAUUAUUUUGAGAAUUUGGUUAGAGCAUUAGAGAAUGAUCUUUGUGAAGUUGAGGCUGACGAGGCUGUUGGGUCUAAGGGAAAAAGGAGAAAGGUGAGUUCGAGAGUUCUCAAGUGCUGGGAUUGGAGAAAGGGGAAAGUUACAUGA